GCGAAAUCCGGUGGAACUCGGAAGACAAUCAGCCAGCUGGCCGUGGAUUCCACGACAAAUUAUGAAAAUGAUCGUGCAGGUCUAGAACACCGUCGCCAUGGAGUCUGAGACAAAUUCAUUCCGCGUGGAUUUCCCAGACUUCUCGUGUUCCAUCCUGCAGAAGCUGAACCAGCAGCGGCAGUUGGGCCAGCUGUGCGACAUCACCGUGGUGAUCCAGGGCCGGCACUACCGGGCGCACCGGGCCGUGCUGGCCGCCAGCUCGCCCUACUUCUGCGACCAGGUGCUGCUGAAGAACAGCAUGCGCGUGGUGCUGCCAGACGUCAUGCACCACUGCGUGUUCGAGGGCCUGCUGCAGUCCUGCUACACGGGGAGCCUGCAGCUGCCCGCGGGGGAGGUGGUGGGGUACCUGACGGCCGCCAGCUUCCUACAGAUGUGGCACGUGGUGGACAAGUGCACCGAGCUGCUGGGCGGCCAGCGGUCCUGUUCCGGAAGUGACCGCCUGUCUCCCGGCGACCGCGAGGACGACAGCGCCAGCGAGGGCCUGGAGGCCGAGCCGCACGGGGAGUUCCUCCUCGACCCCAAAGACGUCGGCGGGGACGCGGACCAGCCCACGGAGAACGGCUCGCCCGCCACCUCGCCGGAGCAGGGGGGCGGGGAGGAUGGCGAAGGGGCCGGGGUUGUCGGCGGGCCGGGGUUCCAGUACGCCUCCCGGCCGGCUUACAUCCAGCCCAGCAUCAUGUCCCACCGCAGGUGGAUCCAGGUGAAGGCGGAGCGGCUGGAGCAAGACGGCUGCCAGGGCUUUUCAGGGGCGGGGGACCCUGACGGGGUAGAUGAUCCGGACGCGGGAGACCUCAACCAGGCCUCCCCUGCCUUUGGAGCGGACCUGGAGGAAAAACUUGGCGGCAGGCAGGAGGAGCCUCUAGACUUCUACGGGGCCUCCAUGGAGGAGUUCUCCGCCGACCAGGCCGGGGGUCCCCUCGACGUCGACGCCCUUGAAGACGACGCGGACGGGGAUGUCGGUGGAGGAGGGGGAAGCGGGGUGGACGACGGGGUGGAUCCCGCCUCUGGCCUCCACGGGGAGGCCUCGCACCAGGGCCUGGGCUCGGUGUACAAGCUGUACCCGUGCCAGUGUGGCAAGAGCUUCACCCACAAGAGCCAGCGGGACCGGCACAUGAGCAUGCACCUGGGGCUGCGGCCCUACGGCUGCGCCGUCUGCGGCAAGCGCUUCAAGAUGAAGCACCACCUGGUCGGCCACGUCAAGAUCCACACGGGCAUCAAGCCUUACGAGUGCAGCGUCUGCGGCAAGAGGUUCAUGUGGAGGGACAGCUUCAACCGCCACGUGUCCUCCUGCACCCGGGCGCAGCAGGCCCGGCGUGCCGCCAGUGAGCAGCCCAACCAGAUCUGCUGAUCCUGGAACCCGUGGGACAAUUUAACCACCAGAUCCGCUGAUCCAUGUGCUUACAUGGGACAGUUUAACCAGAUCUGCUGAUCUUGGAACCCGGGAUCAGCAGAUCACUGAUCUUAACCACCAGAUCUGCCGAUCCAUGUAUUUACAUGGGACAGUUUAACCAGAUCUGCAGAUCCAGGAAACCUAUGGAACAGCCUAACCACCAGAUCUGCUGAUUCUUGUAUCUACAUGGUACAGUUUAACCAGGUAAUCUGCUGAACAGCUCAACCCAACCACAUCUGCUGCUCCAGGAACUUACGGAACAGCCUAAGCACCUGAUCUGCUGAUCCAGGAAACCUGUGGAACAGCCUAACCACCUGAUCUGCUAAUCCAGGAAACUUGUGGAACAGCGUAACAGUGAGAUUUGCUCAUCCAGGACUGUGGGGAGCAGCUCUGCAACCUGAUCUGCUGGACAGGGCAUCUGGGGAAUAGCCUAAUAAUGGAAUUAGCUGAUUCUGGACCAACAGUGUGAAGACAGAUCUGCUGACCCUGGGAUCUACAAGGAACAGUUUAACUAGGUUUGCUGAUCUAUGAAAUGUGGGGAACAGCCUAAUAAUACAAUCUGUGCAUCCAGGACCCCGGGGAACAGCUCAACAGCGUGAUCUGCUGAUCUAGGCUGAUCCUCUUAGAUUCCCCGAUCACAAAACUGACCAACGCACUGACCUCCUCUGCAUUAACUUUUUAACCUCGACACAAGGACCUCAAAGUUAGCUGUGCAAGAAUGGUGGUGCUGGGGUAAAGAGGUUUUCCUGAACACUAUAUUGGGCAAAGCUGCAGUGAACAUUUGACCAAUCAACCACCCCCCCCCCCCACCAUGGCAACACACAAUGAUUGGUUGAAAGCAGCAGGUUCUUCUGCCCAAUUUUGGUUUCAUGAAGCCUCAGUCACUGCAGAAACAAAGCAACAAAACUGCAAUAUGGCACCCCUCUGAAAUCCGUGUCUGGCCUUUCUUCCUUUUGUGUAUUUCCUGGUGGCAUACUUCUCUUUUUUUUUUCUGAUUAAGACCUUGUCAUUCUAAACUAAGCCCACGCUUAAAGUUCACAAAAUUGCCAAGUGUUAAGGUCAGCUCUUUUGAACAGCAGGAUUUUUUUUCCUACUACCUUUUUAUGUUUGAAUGUGACUUCCACAGCAGACACAAGAGUAAUACACACAUCUUUCCUUCUAUAAUGAAUUAUUUUCUUUAAAUUAUUUUGGGUUUAGGGAUGUUCUAAUGAAAUGUUUCAAUAAUAAAUUGAAAAAUGUAUAGGCUAGUUGAGGAAGUAAGGCUGGUCACUUAAGUGCUGAAAUGAUAUGGUCAAGUGUGGAUAAAAAAACAACAAAAUUCAAAGGAUGCAUAAUAUUGUAUUUGGUAGUCCGUGGAAAUUACGUUCUUGGUAUCGGGAGAUUUCAACAUUUUUUGCUUUUCAACAGGGAUAAUAAGCUAAUAAGCUGUGAUGCCACCUUACACCACAAAAAACAGCACUCUGUUGCCUAGCGGUUAAGGUACAUGACUGUAGUGUAGUGGCUAAGGUACAUGACUGGGACCCACAAGGUUGGUGGUUCAAGCCCCGGUGUAGCCACAAUAAGAUCCGCACAGCCAUUGGGCCCUUGAGCAAGGCCCUCAACCCUAUAUUGCUCCUGGGGGGAUUGUCUGGAUCCAAAAAAAUUGUUUGGAUAAAAGCGUUGGCUAAAUAACAAAUUAUUUUAACAGAGGAGCUCUAUCAAGCAUGGAAUACAUUGAUAUCAACCAGUACAACAACCCCAGUGGUGAUUGGUUGGUAUUUCCUGACAAUUCCCUCAGAGAUCUGUGAAGCAUAGCCAGAAAGUAUCUACUAAUCAUUGAUGACGUUGUUCUCCUGUUCUACCAUGAGUAAGGUGACAUCACGCAUUAAAGAAUAAGACCCACACUUUUAAGGUGACAUCACAACCAUUUUAUUCCUAUUCCAUGUUAUUAUCCCUGAUUGUCACUAGAAUUAGCUUGAUACCUGGGAGUGCCAUUCACCCGCCUCAGAAGGACUCUUGUGUACACCUGUGGAUAUCCUCAAAUGCAUGUAAUGCAUAUUUACAGGGUUUAUACUGAAGACAAAUUGAUCGUUUCUAUGACUUUCCAUUUCAUAGAAAUUUUAAGGAUAUAUGUUUUUAAGGACAAAUUACUUGGAGGGAUUUAUUGCGGGCCAAUAGUUAUGGCUGCUUUGAGCUAGAGGGCUACGUUCUCAAGUUGGGCAUAAAUUGUUAAGCACAUCACAUUACUGCCAAGGCACACUUGUCCGACCAGUGACCGAUAACUUUUGCUUGUGGAAUUAAUGUUGAGCCUCCAGUAACAUUUCAGAACUAGAUAAUAGAUAUUAAGUGACGUCAAGCUAGUGAGCUAGCAAAAACGAUUGAUUUACGUUGCAUGUUUUAAAGGAGUUUUUUUUUAAUCAUUUGCCUGAUUUCUGUGUUCAAGGACAGUGUAAUAUUUGAGCACUUUCUGUUGACUUUUCCAUGACUUCCGGGCUGAACGUAUUUUCAAGGACUGUGGGAACCGUGUAUUUAACUUAAGUAAUAUGAAAGAUAUAUAUUUUAGCUUAUCGUAAUAGUGUUUAUAAUGGAGAUUUCUUGUUGUUAAAUCACUAUUUCAGGAUAAAUCAAGCAUACUUUAUAUGGGUAUGUGACCAGUGGUUCAUUUUUAUGUCAGGAGGCGAUUUAAAUAUUUGCUUUUGGCAGUGCUUAAUGGUGUAAGAUCUCAUGGCUGAGGUUUUCUAUAUCAAUAAUCGGUUACAGGUAUUAAACCUCAUUGUUUGUCUUUGAAUGAGGUGACUAGAUAUUUGCAGUAUCUAGAGAAAUGUAUAGAUGAAUAUGUAGUCAUAUAGGACACGUCCUUAAUACUUAUAUUUUUUGGUAGUUGCCACAAAACAAGCUGAAAGGGACAUUCUGUAAAUAAGAGUUUUGGGAAACAAAUACAUUUCUUUUUAUACAGAUACAGUAUAUAGCCUAUAUACACUGAAACAUGUUUACAUUUCAUCUUCGCUGACGACUGUUUUAUACGAUUGAUGUCACUCUUUCGUACAUUUUAGGGAAGCUCUUUCUGCUGAUGUUUAAAAGGAGCCACGGUCUGUAAAGACUAAAGCACUGAUGAAACUUGAUUCAAUCUAUAGGUUCACCUCUAAAACAAAUUUACGCCUGCCAUAGUUAAUCCAGAAGGAUGGUAUCUUAAAAACAAUUCUCAGGUUAUCAACCCAAAGCCAACCUUACAGUGCUAAACUUACAUGAAUGAUCAUGCCUUCAACACAGGAAAGCUUCUGCGCAUGCAUGUUUAAACAUGUAGCGUAUCUGAUAGCCUGCUUCUGCCACGAAUAUCUUUUACAUAGUUUCCAGCUCAGUCAUGGGUAACCGGUCCAAGGUCUAUUCCAGACAUUUAUGGUCUCCAUCUAUUAUCGAUUUUAAUAUUUAGAAAUUUGAGUCUUUUUUGGGUCCCAAGAUCAAAAUGUACAAGCUAUCAAAAUCAUAUUUCUUUCUUCCCAAAGCACUGACAAAAUGUGUUUUUUUUACUCAAUAGCUCUCUUUUCUGUGCUCACUGUCUCCGUAUGGCUCUAUCACACUCUUCAAUAAUUUAAUUAUUUUAACUGUAUGAAAAGCAAUCAUAAGGAUACAAUAUGAUUGUUUUUCUUAACAAGCUUGGAUAUGCCAAGUGGUGGAGCAUUGAUUUUCCUGGUAAAAUAAAGGUUCAAUAAAAACUAAAAUAUUCCCAGAGCUAAAUUGAUAUUUGGCCACAAGUGAUGAAGUUGGAAUUGGUUUAUUUUUUUAUUUCAUAAUCAGCAGUUGAGGAAAGUGCAUUAAUUCAUUUUAAAAGUCUCACUUUUUAUUCACCUAUUCUUCACUGACUUUUUAAUGAAACUGUUCAGUUUUUCUGUAGGUACGUAAAAAACGGACAAUCGUGUAAAGGUGAAUAGUGGGACCUCAUGGUUUUGAUUUUAAGAAAACUCUUGGCAUAAAAAAAAAUCUCAUUCUGUGCACUUAAAUUGUUAAAAGCACUGCAAAUAUUGUCUGUUGUAAGAUAUAGCGAGAGAGGGUUUAAUUAUCAUGAAGGCAAUGAUGUUGGUUGCAUGGAUUUCUUUUUCUUUUUAUGUAUGUUCCAUUCUUUGUCAUCCGUCACUUGUACUUUUGCCCACAAAUUUCUUACAUUUUCAAUUAGAUACUUGUAAGUCUCACAGUGAAUCUUGAACACUUAAUGUGUGGUUUAAAAUCAAGAGCAGACAGUUGAAAGGAGUUCCAGUUGGGGAUUUUUUUUUUUUAGAUGUACUUUAAAAAAACAAAACAAACAAAAAAAACCUCCUGAAUCUGUCAGUGUGACAGAAAUUGUUGACUAUAUAAAUGAAGUGUGUCGUGGAAAAUACAAGGUAACCCACACAAAGCUGAUUGUGUAUGAACAUUUUUUUUAAAUAACACAUAAAACAAUACAUUGAGGAGUGUGGAGCAGCAGGUUUGCAGUGCUAUCCUGUAAGGUCAAUAAUGACAUUAAAACUACCUCAAAAUGAUCUUCGUCUGUCCUUUGUUAAAACAGAGUCAAUAAAAAAGAAAAAGGUUUGGUUUGGCUUAUCAUGUUUUUUCCCGGGUACUCCUCACACUGUGGCCGUUCUAGAACUUUCUUCUUAUAGAAGAACAUUGUUACGUUUUGUGCAAAUGUGAGUUUCAGCAAUAAAUGUGUCCUUGUUUCACCA